AUGGCGGUCCCGGGAAGGCCCGCUCUCAUCACUACACAGGAGAGCCGGCCAUCGGAUGCUCGACUCGUACUUAGUGUCUUCACAACCAGUAUCAACCCACUAAAUGCCGUUCGGAACCUUAAAUAUAAUCCCGCAUUUGAAGAUGAGAAGCACUGGGGUCAGCGCUGGAGAAAAAUCGAAUUCCAUCCUGAAGGACUUGUGAACUGGGGAAGCUUCGGCGUUGACCCUACCAUCGACGCCCUCCAGCUUUAUAUCGUCCUGCGUGCUGUACUGCGAGCACCAAAUCGCUUGCAAGCUGUCGAGCUAUUCACCCGCGGCCAUGCGUUCUGGAGUCCGGCACAUCUUCGAUCGCUUCUCGACUGGACAACCACACCCUCACCACAUUCCUAUCCAUACAACUCGCACAUGAAUGAGUGGCUGGAAGGUUGGAUAGACGACAUUGGUGGACCACUUCGGGUCAUACAAUACAGCGAGGCACUAACGCGAGAUCUUGUCAGGAUUGAACGUGGUCUUGCUCGCCUAUCUCGCGUGGAGCUUCGGGUGGACACUAUCUGGUCCGAGGAACCCGGGGAGAUUGAGACGAUUGCUCAGGCCAUAUCGCACAUGCUGGGUGAAGCAACCAAUCUGCACCAUCUGGUGCUCGUCUUCCGAGACCAUGCCAUUAGUGACGAGUGUGGCGAGUAUACAUUCUUCGAUCAUAUCCUAGCGCAACGCGCGCCAUGCCAAGAAACGGUGCAGCAGAGCAUGAGGGUCUCUUCGUCAUUACUGUCAAGAGUGUUCCAUCUGAAGUCUCUGCGUCAUCUCCAUCUGUCCUUCGCCGUCGUCGCCGACCACUUACGGGCCUUGAUUCGAGAUUUGACGCAGCUUCGACACCUUGAACUUCGAUACGUCGCUCUGUGGUCGCGCGAAGAUUGUUGGGAAGACAUCUUGCAGCACAUCGCACACAGCUGCAAUCUCGAGCAUCUCGGCCUGCGGGCGUUGGAAGACAUACAUGCGGGACAACCGCGACUUAUCCUUUGCCCCGAGGCUUCGAUAUGGCAAACGGACGCCGUCAACGUAGCCACUUAUGCGGAGUAUGAGGAUGCCAUUAUAUGCUUUGCCAUGCGGAAGUCAGAGUCACUCCCUGUCCUUCAGCCAGACGAAUUCUUGCAGCGCAAGCGCGCUCACUUCCGUUCCUGA